AUGGUGAAAUUGGUCAACAUUGUUGCCAUAUUGAAAUGUUGGAAACUUUGUCAACGUUGCUGCUCAUUGAAUGCUGGAAGUUUAUUAUUUACCUUUAUAUUUUUGUUUACUUCAUUAUGUUAUGCAACACAAAACUAUAAUGUGUUAAAGUUCGGAGCCAAAGGCAAUGGUGUAACAGACUCCACCCAAGCAUUCAUCAAAGCAUGGGCAGCAGCCUGUGGUUCUGAAGAAUCAACAACAAUUUAUGUGCCAAAAGGAAGACAUUUGCUUGGCUCUAUGGCAUUUAAAGGUGACUGUAAAAAUUCGGAUAUUACAAUACGCAUUGACGGAACACUAGUAGCUCCAUCAGAUUACCAUGUAUUAGGUCAAUCUGAUAAUUGGCUGAGCUUUGAAAGGGUUAGCGGUGUUUCCAUCAUCGGUGGAGCACUGGAUGCCAAGGGAACUGCGUUGUGGAAUUGCAAGGCUAAAGGCACUAAUUGUCCAAAUGGAGCCACGACAUUGAGCUUUACCAACUCAAACAACAUCAAAAUCAAUGGACUUUUAUCACUAAACAGCCAGAUGUUCCACAUUGUGUUCAACGGUUGUCAAAAUGUGCGUGUUGAAGGAGUUAGAGUCAUAGCUGCCGUAGAUAGCCCCAACACAGAUGGUAUUCAUGUCCAAUUAUCUCGAAAUGUUAUGAUCAAGAGCUCCUCCAUCAAAACUGGGGAUGAUUGCAUCUCAAUUGGCCCUGGCACUAAGAAUUUGUGGGUUGAACGUGUUACAUGUGGCCCAGGUCAUGGCAUUAGCAUUGGGAGUCUAGCUAAGGAUAUGGACGAGGAAGGAGUACAAAAUGUGACAAUUAAAAAUACAACUUUCAUAGGUACUCAAAACGGGUUGAGGAUAAAGUCAUGGGCUAGACCGAGCAAUGGAUUUGUUCAAGGCAUUCGGUUCAUAGAUGCUGUUAUGCGAAAUGUCCAAAAUCCCAUUAUUAUUGACCAAAACUACUGCCCUCAUGAAAGAUUAAUAGCUGAAUUGAAAAGAGAACUGAAGUAG